AUGGGUAUUCAGUUGCCUGGAAUGGUUCAUGCCAAGCAGCUUCUACAAGGCUUGAGAAGGAGCCAAUUUGUGGAGGCCAUUGCGUCUGACGUCCCGAAAGGCCACUUCGUCGUUUACGUUGGAGAGUACGAGAAGAAGCGGUACGUAGUGCCCAUAUCUUACUUGAAGCAUCCUUCAUUCCAAUACCUGCUCAGUUUGGCUGAGGAAGAGUUCGGGUUCGAUCACCAGAUGGGUGGUCUCACAAUUCCAUGCAAAGAAGUAGACUUCAUUCGUCUCACAUCCCAGUUGAAUAGAUCACGAGAGAGGAUGUAA